ACUACCCGCAAAACAAUUGGAUAUCUCCUACCAUUCUUUCUGACAAGGGAGCAGUGAGUGAUGGGUCUAAACCUCCUCGCUUGUAUAUGUGGUCUUGUGGUUUGCAGACGGCCCUUCUACCAGCCAUAUCCGAUUGCAGUGGCACCAAGGCUGCUGUGUGGUUUUUGAGAGUGUCCCAGGAGUAAUUAUUAGCAGCAUGCGUGGUGCGGAUUGAGCGACACUUGGCCAGCCUUGCCUGAAACACAAGACACUGUCCAUCACAAUGCCCGUCUCAUGGCGUAUGUCCUAACCCUGUUGCUCGUCAUUGGUGGUAUUGAACAAACAUCACGUACCAUACGCGGCGAUGGCACGCUCCCUCGUGGCCAAACGCCCAGCUGCUCAGCUCUCAUUUGCAACCUGCGGGGACUAAGUCAGUCCGGAAACAGUAAGCAUCUGUUGAAAACCGCACGGUGCCUAGACACCCCAAUCUUCGGAUGUCUAUUUUCAUUUUUAGACGGUGAUAUCAACGUACUUCCUUGUGCAGUAUCGUGCUGUAAGCUGAAGAUGGAGCUAGUUUUUGGUGUGGCCCAGAAUAUUUGCUGCGAGCACCUUUCUAGUGCACUCGGAAGACCGAUAGGACAAAUAGGUGAGUGAUCGUGCAUGAGAACUCGGGACAAGAAUUCGGAUAAAGAUCGCGGUGGAAAUACCAAGUUCAUCUUCGUACUAAGCAAGGGGACCCG